GCACCGCAAAUGCUUGCUGGCUGUGGGGAGAGAGUGGUGGGCCUCAGGACGUCCCGUCGCGGUGCGUGAGAGGAGGUGGGGGAGGCUGUCGCGAGACAAGUGUCUCUCUGAGGGAACAUCGCUGAGAGGGGGCGGCGGGCUCGUGCAACCCUUGCGCUCCUCAAAAUCGCUGCAUGCUGACGGGUCAGGUCACUGUCCAGCCCGAGCCCUGCUGAGAUCUCCGUGCGCAGUUUUGAGGGUCCCACCCUCCGCGGGCCUGCGUGCUUUUGGGGUGGAAGCCAUCCUAAGGCUCCCUGGACCUGAGUCAAGGCCGGGGACCCGCUGUGGGCCACCUCCCUCCCAUCGGUGUCUUUCGCUCCGCAGCCAGACCCACUGGAAGUGAGUCUUCCAAUCGCCCUUGGAAGGAGACAGUGUAGAGUUCCUGCAGCUGCGAGCUGUGAGUGGCUGCGACCAUUGAAAUAAGUGCAGGGAAUAUCGCUGCCUGCUUCCCAGCCUUGGACGAUCACAGCAGAGGGGUCGCUGAAGUCAGAGGUGGAAGAAGUGCUAAGGCAGAAGUCACGAGACUUUGUAACUCUUUAGGAGAAGGCAUAAUGUCAAGUGGAGAUGGCCAGCAGUCACAGGCUUUGACCAAGCCCACUUUUACUGAGGCACAAGCCUCUGCACUGGUAGAAUCAGUAUUUGGGUUCAAAGUUUCUAAGAUCCAGCCACUCCCAAGCUAUGACGACCAAAACUUUCGUGUUCAUGUUUCAAGAAGCAAAGAGACUACAGAUGACACAGAUAGUGGAUCUGAAGUCAAAAGCUACUUGGUGAGAAUGCUCACUUACCUCCCAGGAAGACCAAUAGCUGAGGUUGCCAUCAGCCACCAGCAAUUAUACGAAAUAGGAAGGCUGGCUGCCCGAUUGGAUAAAGCCCUGGAGGAAUUCCAUCAUCCAAAGUUAAAUAUUCUUCAUCGGGAGAACUUCAUCUGGAAUCUGAAAAAUGUUCCUCUUCUAGAGAAUUACAUGGGUGCGCUGAGCCAGAGUCGGAACCGGGAGAUUGUUGAGCAGGUCAUUCAGCUGUUCAAGGAAGAAGUCAUGACCAAAUUAGGUCAUUUUCGAGAAUGUAUUAAUCAUGGUGAUCUUAAUGACCAUAACAUCUUAGUAGACCUCAGCAGAUCAGCCUCUGGAGAUGCUGUGUAUCAAGUCUCUGGGAUUUUAGACUUCGGUGACAUGAGCUAUGGCUACUAUGUGUUUGAAGCAGCAAUCACCAUCAUGUACAUGAUGAUUGAAAGCACAAGCCCUAUACAAGUAGGAGGUCACAUCCUUGCAGGGUUUGAAAGUGUGAUCCCCCUGACAGCAGUAGAGAGGGAUGCUUUGUUUUUACUUGUGUGCAGCCGUUUUAGCCAGUCUCUUGUCAUGGCCGCGUACUCCUGCCAGCUGUACCCAGAGAACAAAGAGUACCUCAUGAUUACAGCAAAAACUGGGUGGAAGCACUUACAGCAGAUGUUCGACAUGGGCCAGAAAGCAGUAGAAGAAAUCUGGUUUGAAACUGCCAAGUCCUACGAAUCUGGUAUCUCCAUGUGACUGGUGCAGUAAAAAUUAAAUGCUCAAAACUCCCCAAUGGGUGCACAUGUGCUCGCCGCUAUCCACCCCAAUGCUCUGGAUUCCGGAAUGAAAGACACACAUGCACAGCCUUAUUUUCAAUAUGCCCUAAGCAGGUCAAUGGCUGGGCCACUCCCUAACUGCACUUGGUUAAUGCACAUUCUCCUCCGAUAUUCCUGAGUUAUUACUUACUAAAAUCUUUAUUUCAUCUUUGCUGCCCUGGACCUUGCUGGGCAGCCCACCUAGGCCACUUAGCCACUGCACCUACGUGUCGGCAGUCCCUCCCUUCCACAUCUUCUGGCAUGGUCUGUCUCCUCUGCCCUCCUUGUAGCUGAAUCUUCUCUUUCUCCUCUCUCUGUCCCUUCUUAGGAAUCCUAAAAGUCCUGCCUCUGUUUCUCUACCCAGCAAUUGGCCACUGGUAAUUUUACUGACCAGUCAAAAACCAACUGGGGACAGGCUUCCUUUAGUCCUAAGUGUGGGACACUGCAAACUGUAUUUUUGGUAACAUAAUUAGCAAGAGAACACAAGCCAGUAAAAAAGCUUGUGUUAAUUAAAACUCAAAUGUAUGAAGGAUUUUUGUGCAGAGUUCAAACUGAAAUGGUAAAACACAUCCAUUCUAAAUAUGAAUUGGUAAAGGAAGAUCUAGUUUUUACAGCAAUCUUAGUUGUUUUACACUCACGAAGUACUACACAAUGAACCGUUGCCCAGUGUGCAAGGCCCAGGCUCAACCUCAGCACUACAGAAACAGGGAAAUCCACACAAGUAUCACCUAAGUAAGCAAAUCUCUGUGCAGGUCCUGCCUGCCUUUUACAAGAAACACAUAUGAUGAUACAUGAUUUGUCAUCAGUCUCUGAAGAUCUAUUCUAGUCCUUAAUGACUUUUAAACUUUGAAAAGAAUACAUAUGUAUAGCUAUAUUAAUUUGUUUGUUUUUGGGUUGUUUUUUUUUUUGAGGCAACUUUCUUGGCUUCCCUGGAACUCUUAAAUUCACAGAGAUCCAAUUGCCUCUGCCUCUCAAAUGUUGGGAUUAAAGGCAUCUAUCAUCACACACAUAUUCACAUAUUUUAAAUACCUAGCCUAUACAUUGAUAACUCUAUAAAUGCUUCCUUAAUUGCACCUCUCUAGAAGUGAGGUCUUCCUGUCCUUUUUGUUUGUUUGUUUGUUUGUUUCUUUUUUGACAUUUCACUGUCUUGCCUGCAUAUUGUUGUCCAGUCAUCUAGCUUGUAAGUUGCCAUGGCAUGGACCAUGAGAAACUUAAAUACCUAGCUUGCACAUCACUAACUCUGUGAACUCUUUCUUAAUCUCACCUCUCUAGAAGUGAGGUUUUUCUGUCCUUUUUGUGGCAUUUCACUCUGGCCUGCUUAUAGUUGCACAGUCAUCUAUCCUGUAAAUCGCCACGGCACAGACAUGAAAAAGUUACGUCUGUGUGUCUCUUCUUUCCCAUUGAUAGUGCCUUUCCCACAGAAAAGUCUUUGGACACAUUUACAAAAUGAAUGCCUACAAGAGGAAAGCUAUGGUGAAGUCCUCAGGAAAAACACAAGUGAGAGUCUUGAGAAAAGCUUGUUGGAGAGAGUAGCUGCAGCUGGAACUCCAGACCCGAGUGCAUGGAAGCAAAUGUAGACAUGCAGGCAAGGCCAUUCUCCAUGACACCAGCAAGGCUCCUCAGCAGUUAGGGGCUCACUAAGCUGCUCAGGCUGGUCUUAAACACCAUGGCUCCCUUAAUCCUCCUGUUCAUCCUCCAGUGCAGGGACCAUAGUUAUAUACCAUUCUGCCUGUUCUUAGUUCUCAACAACUAAUGAUUUCCUUUUUAUAGGAAUCUGUGAAAAUGCAGCUCAUUACAUAUUUGGCUUCCGUUUUACUCAGUAUUUCCCUUACUGGCUUCUUGUACGUCUCUCUAGUCUAAGUGGCUAUUUACUUAUUCCUGGAGGGUGGGAUUUUU